AUGUUUGGAAAGAAACAGGAGCCAGAGGUCGCCGAAGUCCUGGACCAGCGCCAGCCCAGCGCUGUCGAGGCGACCCAACAUCAACAUCGCAUGUCCGUCUCCAACAGGGGGUUGACGGGCGCUUCCGCCCUGACAGUCAGGCAGUCCAUCGUGCCCAUCACCUUGGUCACUCUUCUCUUCUUCCUGUGGGGUUUCGCUUACGGCCUGCUCGACGUCCUCAACUCCAAGUUCCAAAUCGCCCUCAACAUCACGGCCGCCAAGGCCGGCGGUCUCCAGGGCGCCUACUUCGGCGCCUACUUCAUCGGGCCCCUGACCUACUCCGGCUGGAUCGUGCGCAAGUUCGGCUACCGCUGGACCUUCAUCACGGGCCUGUGCAUCUACGGCGUCGGCGCGCUCAUGUUCUGGCCGUCCGCCGUCUACCGCUCCUUCCCCGGCUUCUGCGGCUCCCUCUUCAUCGUCGGCUCGGGCCUGUCGACCCUCGAGACCAGCGCGAACCCCUUCAUCGCGACCUGCGGCCCGCCCCGCCUGUCCGAGUUCCGCCUCGAGCUGUCGCAGUCCUUCCAGGCCAUCGGCUCCGUCAUCGCCCCGCUGCUCGCCGCCCGCGUCUUCUUCUCGCACACGGAGCCCAACGACCUGUCCAAGGUGCAGUGGACCUACCUCGGCAUCGCCGCGUUCGUCUUCCUCCUCGCCGUCGUCUUCUUCUUCGCGCCCAUCCCCGAGGUCACGGACGCCGACAUGGCGCUCCAGGCCGAGCAGAGCGCCGCCCUCACGGGCUACCAGGACAAGCCCAUGCGGAAGCAGUACAAGCUCUUCUUCGGCGUCGCCGCGCAGUUCUGCUACGUCGGAGCGCAGGUCGGCGUCGCCAGCCAGUUCAUCAACUACGCCGUCGAGAGCGCCGGACUCACACACUCCGAGGCCAGCGACCGGUACGCCAUCGGCCAGGGCCUCUUCGCGAUCGGCCGGUUCGCCGCCGCCGGGCUCAUGAUGGUGGUCAAGCCACGCCUCGUGCUCAUGGCCUUCAUGACGGGCAUCAUGGUCUUCAUCGCGCUCGCGAUCGCGCUAUUCGGCGAGGCGGGCAUCGCCAUGCUCUCGAUCGUCCUCUUCUUCGAGUCGUGCAUCUUCCCAACCAUCUUCACGCUCUCGAUCCGCGGCCUGGGACGCCACACGAAGCGCGGCAGCUCGUGGAUCGUGGCGGCGGUGUCCGGAGGCGCUCUCUUCCCCAGUCUCACGGGUCUCCUCGCGGACCACAAGGACUACCACGUCGCCAUGGUGGUGCCCCUCUGCGGCUUCGUCGUCAGCUUCGCGUACCCCAUCUUCCUCAACACGGUGUGGAAGCGCGAGUUGGACGGCUUCAGCGCUAGCAAGAUCGGCUACACCGACGAGAACGGCGUCAUUGGCGACCCGUUGAGGGAGGAGGCGGACAAGACGACCUCUAAGCACCUGGAGGCAUGA